AUGACCUGCCUGUUUUUGACUGAAAUGGUCAUACAGAAGGAAGUCAGUCUGAAAUAUUGCUGGCCAUGGCUCUUUGAUAGGCAUUUUGAUUCUGCCGUAGAAAUUAUCCUUGAAUCGGAAAAAAAAAUCCCCAACCCAGCGUCCAGUCACUCAACACUCCAUCUUUGUGAAGAGCUGGUUCCGAAUUCUGGGUCGCUUUUUGGAAAAAAUAUCUGUUAUGGUAAAACGUGCUGCUUCUGUGGUCUCAAGUCUCUACUGGAAUUGGAUAGAGAUGGUGAAUUUCAGUCAGAGCCCUCUCCUGAAAGCCAUCAGCCCUGCACCUCCAUCUUCCCUCCUCCCAUGAGUCGCCUGCUCCCCGUGACACUGGCCUCCUCGCAGUGCUGCUGGGGCACGUCAGGAAGUGCUGGAGGACAUGGCACUGCGCCAGCACCAGGCGGCCGGCCGUGUGGCUCAUCCCACAGAUCAGGCUCUUCCUGUGCGUGGAGAUGGAGUCCUCCUGGAGGCAGCCCAUGGCCCGAUUCUCAGGCAGGUGGAGCAUGGAGACGACUGGGAAUUUCACUAGACAUGCAUCCAGCCAGUCCAAGGACUUGUCGAGCCAUGCACCAGCUUGGAGGAGAGAGCCCGGUGCCUCGCCAAGCACAAAGGCCUCCCUUCCCGACUUGAAAAGGCAGAGUAGUGGUUGAGGUUGUGGCUCACAGGGACCGAGCUCCUGCCCACGUGGGGACACAGGCAGCUGUCGAGUUCCAGGAAUGCACCUGCCCAAUGCACCUGGCUCGUCCACCAUCAUGGAGCUGCCAUCCCACUUGUCGUUCCCGUCAUCAUCACUGCCCUGGCUGGCCCAGUUGCCACCGAGGAGCUGCUGAGGCCACGGCUGCAGGGCACCCUACCGCCUGGAAAGCCUGCAUCGGCUGCUGGAAGGCACUCUGUGGUGGCAUCUGCUGCAGCUGCAGUAGCAGCUGGAAAGCGCUAAGAGGCAACUUCAAGAAGGCGGGCAGUGCACCUGGCAGGGCCUCAAAGCCUCUGAGUGGUACGAUGGCCAUGGCACAGUGGGUCAAGGCACAGGGGCAGCCAUGGUGCGCUGGGCCAGUCCAGGGGUGCAGACCACUUGCACCGCAGAUAUAAGGCCAGGGUUGCUGCGGCCAUGAGCCCCUGCGAGUCAGCCCUUGAUGUCCUGCUCGCUAUACGGGCUCAGUACUUCAUGUUC